AAUGAGUUGUUUUUCUCUUCUACACCUUCCUCCCAAAAUCAGGCUACAGAAGAAGUUUCCAAAAAUUUGGUUGCCAUGAAAGAAAUUCUGUACGGCACAAAUGAAAAAGAACCUCAGACAGAAGCCGUAGCUCAGCUGGCUCAAGAGCUGUACAAUAGUGGACUCCUUAGCACUCUGGUAGCUGAUUUACAGCUCAUUGACUUUGAGGGCAAAAAAGACGUGGCUCAAAUUUUCAACAAUAUUCUCAGAAGACAAAUUGGUACAAGAACUCCUACUGUUGAAUACAUCUGCACCCAACAGAAUAUUUUGUUCAUGUUAUUGAAAGGGUAUGAAUCUCCAGAAAUAGCUCUUAAUUGUGGAAUAAUGUUAAGAGAGUGCAUCAGACAUGAACCACUUGCAAAAAUCAUAUUAUGGUCGGAACAGUUUUAUGAUUUCUUCAGAUAUGUUGAAAUGUCAACAUUUGACAUAGCUUCAGAUGCAUUUGCUACGUUCAAGGAUUUACUCACAAGGCAUAAAUUGCUCAGUGCAGAAUUUUUGGAACAGCAUUAUGAUAGAUUUUUCAGUGAAUAUGAGAAGUUACUUCAUUCAGAAAAUUAUGUGACAAAGAGACAGUCACUGAAGCUUCUCGGUGAACUGCUGUUAGAUAGACACAACUUCACGAUUAUGACGAAGUACAUCAGUAAACCUGAGAACCUCAAGUUAAUGAUGAACCUUCUCCGAGACAAGAGCCGAAACAUCCAGUUUGAGGCCUUUCACGUGUUCAAGGUGUUUGUGGCCAACCCCAACAAGACACAGCCCAUCCUAGAUAUCCUCCUCAAGAACCAGACCAAACUCAUUGAGUUCCUCAGCAAGUUUCAAAACGACAGGACGGAGGACGAGCAGUUCAAUGAUGAGAAGACCUAUUUAGUCAAACAGAUCAGGGAUUUGAAGAGACCAGCUCAGCAAGAAGCCUAAUUUCCAAUAAACACCUACGAUAUCCCAUCCAACUUCAGCACUUGCUGUUAGCUACUCAGCAUCAGGCACUCUUAUGAUUCAUGAGGAACAUUACUGCUAAUCUGCUGUUAAGUGAACGGUUUUCAUUUUACCUUUUGUUUUUCAGUCCAGGUUGGAGAACGUAGCUGCUGCUUGCACAUUAGAGCGCACGUGGGUCUUUCCCUUGAUCUGUGUCAUUUCAGAACUCACAGACCCCAUUUGCUGCAUGAGUUCUGAAUGUGGCUGGAUUCUCGAAGGCAAAUGUACGAUGAGAGUGGACUAGGGAAAAGAUGUUGACGACAUCAGCUGAUACCUGUACAUUGGCACUGCUCUUUGCAGAUCUCUGCAGUAUGGCACGGGUACACUUGACAUCCCAGAGCCAGAUCAUCCACCGUCACCAAAGGAACGUGGCGUAUACAGGGAUUAUUUUGGAGAUCAGAGGGGAACUGUAUCCAGAGUGAGCUUUGGGGGAGGAUAAAGUUGACGUGCAAAUAAAUUGAUACUGAAACUUA